GACACCUCUCUCUCUCUCUCUCUCUCUCUAGGGUUUCUCCAUGGAUCUCCUCCGAGGUUAUGCGCAAGACAACGACGACGACGACGACGGCGACGGAUCCGAGGAGGGAUCACGAGGAGAAGAAGUCGAAAGAGAAGGCGAGAAGCCAGAUCCAAACGCAGCGGCGAUGGAGGAGGAGGCGGAGGCCCCCUCUUCGCCGGACUCCUCCCCUCCCCGUCUGCUGGCGAAGUCCUCCGCCCCCAGAGUCGACGACACCUCGCUUGCCCUUGCCGCUGCCGGCUCAGCCCGCGCCCUCCACCGGCCGCUCGACCCCACGCAGCACGCGGUGACCUUCAACCCGACCUAUGACCAACUCUGGGCACCCAUCCACGGCCCCGCCCACCCUUUCGCCAAGGACGGCGUCGCCCAAGGCAUGCGCAACCACAAGCUCGGCUUCGUCGAGGACGCUGCCAUCCAGCCCUUCCUCUUCGACGAGCAGUACAACACCUACCACAAAUACGGCUACGCCACCGACCCGUCUGGCCUCUCCUACGUUGGCGACCUCGAAACCCUGACCAAGAACCAGGCCCUCUCCGUCUACAACAUGCCUCAGCAGGAGCAGAAGCGGCGCCGCAUCCAGAUGAAAGCCUCUGGUGCCGAAGAAGCCGACAACUUGGCUGCCGGCCAUGAAGUUGAGAACCCCGCGACCGAAGAGUGGCUCCUCAAGAACCGCCAAAGCCCAUGGGCCGGGAAGAAGGAGGCCGUCCAGGGCGAGCUCACGGAGGAGCAGAAGAAGUAUGCCGAGGAGCAUGCAGAGAAGAAGGCAGAGAAGGAGCGCGGAGAGGGGCGGGCUGGCAACAAGGCCGAGCACAUGGACAAGAGCACAUUCCACGGGAAGGAGGAGCGCGACUACCAGGGUCGUUCAUGGAUCGAGCCGCCCAAGGAUGCUAAGGCUAAGAACGACCACUGCUACAUCCCGAAACGCUGGGUCCAUACUUGGAGCGGGCACACCAAAGGUGUUGCAGCGAUACGAUUCUUUCCUAAGCAAGGCCACCUCCUACUCUCUGCCGGCAUGGACUCGAAGGUCAAGAUAUGGGAUGUGUUCAAUUCUGGAAAGUGCAUGCGGACUUACAUGGGCCACUCAAAGGCAGUUCGUGACAUCUCCUUCUCGAAUGAUGGUACCAAGUUCUUGAGUGCUGGUUAUGACAAAAAUAUCAAGUACUGGGACACAGAGACAGGGAAGGUGAUCUCCACCUUCUCCACUGGGAAGAUUCCCUAUGUUGUGAAGCUUAAUCCAGAUGAAGACAAGCAGAACAUUCUUCUUGCAGGGAUGAGUGACAAGAAGAUCAUUCAGUGGGAUAUGAACUCUGGCACAAUCACACAAGAGUAUGAUCAACAUCUAGGAGCAGUCAAUACCAUCACGUUCGUUGAUAACAACCGGAGGUUUGUUACUUCUAGUGAUGACAAGUCACUUCGUGUUUGGGAAUUUGGAAUUCCAGUUGUUGUAAAGUACAUUAGUGAGCCUCACAUGCAUUCCAUGCCUUCGAUCUCUCUUCAUCCUAAUUCAAAUUGGCUGGCUGCUCAGAGCUUGGACAAUCAGAUACUUAUCUAUGGCACGAAGGAGCGGUUUCAGCUGAAUAAGAAGAAGAGGUUUGCAGGGCACAUUGUAGCGGGGUAUGCUUGCCAGGUGAAUUUUUCUCCAGAUGGGCGGUUUGUCCUGUCAGGAGAUGGAGAAGGGAAGUGUUGGUUCUGGGACUGGAAGAGUUGCAAGGUCUUUAGGACUUUGAAGUGCCAUGAAGGAGUAUGCAUUGGAUGUGAGUGGCAUCCAUUGGAACAGAGCAAGGUUGCAACUUGUGGAUGGGAUGGCAUGAUCAAGUACUGGGACUAGUUGUUGAGAUUGAUAAGUCGCUGCUAAGGUGCAACUCGCUCGUAUUGAUAGGAUGAUAUAGGAGAUUCAAUUCAGUGGGUGCUAUUCGUUGUAUAAUGAGUCCCGUCGCUCCUGUAAUGUGCACGUGAAGAUCUUGCAUCCAGUAGUAGAUCUCUCAUCAAGAUUGUAAGACAGUAUAAAUAAUGUAUCAAUAAAUAGGUGUGCAAAUUCUUGCCCAAA